ACACAUGCACACCUGCACCCCAACCACAGCCCAUGCUCACUGAGCCAGCUCCACAAACCAUGAGGCUGUCACUGACACUGACACUGCUGCUGCUGGGAGCCUGGGGCAUCCCAGGAGGCCUUGGAGACAGGGCUCCACUCACAGCCACUGCCCCGCAGCUGGACGAUGAGGAGAAGUACUCAGCUCAUAUGCCUGCUCACCUGCGCUGUGAUGCCUGCAGGGCGGUGGCCUACCAGAUGUGGCAACAUUUGGCAAAGGCAGAGGCCAAGCUUCACACCCGGGACUCAGGAGGGCAGCAGGAGCUGAGUGAAUCAGUAUACACAGACAUCCUGGACCGGAGCUGCUCCCAGACCUGGCAGGGCUACGGGGUCCGAGAAGUGAACCAGGUGAAACGUCUCACGGGCCCAGGACUCAGCAAGGGGCCAGAGCCAAACAUCAGCGUGAUGAUCACAGGGGGCCCCUGGCCCACCAGGCUCUCCAUGACAUGUUUGCACUACCUGGGGGAGUUUGGAGAAGACCAGAUCUACAAAGCCCACCAACAAGGCCGAGAGGCUCUGGAGGCAUUGCUGUGUGGAGGCCCCCAGGGGGCCUGCUCAGAGGAGGCACCUGUCACGAAGACAGAGCUCUAGUCCAACUGCUCCUUCCCCUUCCUGGUCAGCCCCUGAAGGGAGCUGGGCUUCCUCUGGAUCUGUCCUACUCCUUUGUGCAGGCUGCCUGGAGGGCAGGGAGGCCAUGCUUUUCUGUGCUGCCAUGGCCACCACCCCCCUCCUCAGGCUUUAGAACACUGGGGCCUGGUGUGUGUGAGGCGAGGCCUUCUCUUCUGGACUCAAAUAAAACCCAGUGACCUCCA